CCUUUUGCUCCCCUUUUUUGGCGUUGCUGUAUGCGACAUAUGCGAUUAGACGGCAAAACACAACGGCGAAUCACUUUUUUUCCUGUCUAUGCGAAUUAUGGAAACGGAAAAAUUGGGUCUUUUCCACAGUUUGUCUUUUCUCUUACUCUCUCACUCUCCUUGUUAUAUGUAGAGACUCUUAAAUGUGUGUGUGUGUGUGUGUGUGUGUGUGUGUGUGAUACAACACAGUGCAUACAAGACACCAGAAUUGCCCUCCCAUACGCAACACCUCGCUCUCGAUUCCAAUCAUGUUUUGAAUCCUUCUUGGCAGUCUCUUGGAAGAGCCUAUUUGACAUUCCCGUAGAACAGAAUUAUUUUUGGGUGUGGGUGAGUGAGUGGAGUAUUUCUGUUUCCAAAGAUACUGUCCUGCUUGGCGGCGAUUGGCAUUCCAGAAAGACUUGCCGUAUGGAGCGUAUAUCCAUUGGCGCUGACAAUGCAGUGAAACACGUCUGGUCGAAUUGA